GCAGGUGCAACUGUGAUUUUUCAGUAAUGUGCAGUGCAGUCGCAUCAGCAGAAGCGGUACGGUUGGCUGCAGCAGCGUCCCUGACGCGGCGCGGCUACCCAUCCUCAAACAUCUGAAAUCUAACGGAUUGGUUUGCAGAGAGAUAAAGUGUCUGUACUCUGAGAAGAGGAACACAGUGCUGAUCACUGUUCGGGCACGACCGAGUCUGCCGUCAUGGCCUCGUCCGUGAGUGGAACGGAGGAAGUGCGCGUGUCGGCGUUGACGCCCCUGAAGUUAGUGGGAUUGGUGUGCAUCUUCCUCGCGUUGUGCCUGGACGUAGGGGCUGUGUUGAGCCCAGCGUGGGUGACCGCGGAUGAUCAGUACUACCUGUCUCUUUGGGAGUCGUGCUGGAAGCCUGUUACCUCGGAAACCUGGCAGUGCAGCAGCACACUGGAGACGGACUGGCAGAUUGCCACACUGGCCUUGUUGCUUGGUGGAGCCGCUCUCAUUCUUUUCUCUUUCUUGGUGGCUCUGGUGUCAGUUUGUAUUGGAUCAAGGAGACGAUUCUACAGGCCUGUUGCUGUGAUGCUGUUUGCUGCAGUGGUCCUUCAAGCGUGCAGUUUGGUCCUCUAUCCCAUCAAGUUCAUUGAGACCAUCAGCUUGAGAAUAUACCACGAGUUCAACUGGGGUUACGGCCUUGCCUGGGGCGCCACUAUUUUCUCCUUCGGGGGGGCCAUCCUGUACUGCCUGAACCCCAAGAACUAUGAAGACUACUACUAAUCCCGCUCGACGACUAGAAUGCCUUCAGCACACCCCGGUGUUCUCCACUGUGUUUGACAAUAGCGGCUCCUGCACUGAACUGUUAUUUUCUCCCCCUCUUUGCAGAACUGAUGAUGACCUUAUGAACACACAUGCACGCACCUACACACGUAGAUACACACACACACACACACACACACACACACACACAGGAUCACACAGAAUUUGCAGAAUGGUGCAGACUUCACUAAUGUGUGGACUUUGAUGAGAAAGUGAGAGUGUGUUUUCCAGUCUCCCAUUUGACAGCUCCAAUCAUCUUCAGCCUAUCUUGUACUCAUAUCAUUCUAUCGACUCAUUAUCAUUCUCUAAAUCUAUCAUUCAAUUAAAAGGUAUCAUUACACACA